GGAGCAAGGUGCAAAAGAUUACCAAUCAUUCUUUACUUUACGGUGUAACAGUGCAGACUAUUGUAUUCUGUAGAUCCACCCGGGAGUAGUCUUUCCCAGGUAUGAUGAUGUGUAAGCGCCACAUGUUAGCGUCAACGAUAUCCAUUGCUACUUGAACGACCAAGCACCUGCAUAUCCGCUCUACACCCAUAUCUACAAAAAAGACAAGAGCCCAUACCCAAUCACAGACUCAUCCAUCAACAUGGCGACCCAGUCAGCGAUCAACUGGCCGGAGCAAUUCCUCCCUGGCACGACAGACAACUUUGUCUCAAACGAACGCAUCGCGAAAGAUCUAACCAGCACCCAAAUCUGGGCCCUGUUAGCCAACAUCUCGAGAUGGAAAUCUUACUACAAGAACUGCGCUCAGAUAACGCCUCCGUCAUCGGACAGCACCUUCCUGCACAAAGAUGACGUUUUCAAAUUCAGUACUUUCGGUUUCCCACCGCUGACUUGCACGGUCCAGGAGUCGGAGCCUCCAGAGAGUAAUGGGCGUGCUGGAAGGUUGGCAUGGAGCUCCAAGACAUCGGAUGGGCUGGAAAUCUAUCAUGCGUGGGUUGUGGAGGACCUGGAGGGACAGAGAGUGAGAAUCUUGACGCAGGAGAGUCAAAUUGGACAAGUGUUCAAGGAGUGGAAGGUAAAGAAGCCGAACAAGAUGUUGUUGGGACAUCAGGAUUGGUUGGAUGGUCUCAUCACCGCAGCGAGCGGAAAGCAGGUUGAAGAUACCAACUUGGAGGCAGUAAACUUCCCUGUCAGACAAUUAGAUGCUUAGCUCCAGGUCAUGAGCAACAAUAAACCGAUUCAUCGUUACAAGAUCCAUAUGUGACAAUAGCAUGAAGUUUUCAAAAUAUUAUUAGCAGUACACGAAUCCUCUAUCAUCGUUCCAAUUCC